CUUCUAUGGAGCGCUCGAGUUUAGUGACUCAGCAUGAGAUUUUUGGGAUUGUAAAGGUUGUUAAGGACUUUGUAAACAAUUCUAGCACAACAUAGAUAAACAACAAGCAUCUUUCUUUGAGAAUGAAUCUGAAACUAGACCAUGGAGUGAACAAGCUGUUGAUAUGCUUAACAUUAUUACUUGUCCCAACCGUGAUUGUCCAAAGUACAGUACCACCCAGCGAGCCUGUUAUCACUGCGUCAAAAAACAGAGUUGCUAUUGGUGAGACUGUCACAUUGACUUGUAGCUCCACUCUUGGUUCUCCUGCACCUAGUAUCAUGUGGUUUAGAGGCAAAGAAAAAAAAUCAUCGAAUUACUCGACUGUGGGCAGCACAACGACAAAUACCUAUACAUUUACAGCUACUAAAGAUGACAUGUUUGCUGUUUACGAAUGUCGGGUUGACAACAAAGUCACACAAAAUCCACUAACCAGGACUAUAUUUAUAACAAUAUAUAAGUCGUUGAUAUUGAACGCGCCAAAUACAUCCUACACGGCCCAGACGUCAACCAAUGUUUCACUGAUUUGUGAAGUCACUUCCGGUAAAGCUACUGGGAUUGAUUGGUACAAGGACAACCGACAAUUAAUACUUGCUUUGAAUAGUCAUUUUUCCAUGGAGAGUUUGAAGAAACCUAACUUGUUAAUCACUAACGUACAGGUAACGGAUGCUGGCGUAUAUGUAUGUACAGGGACAGAUGGUUAUGACAUCAAAAGAACCAAUAAAAUUGACCUAUCUGUGCAAGAUCCAUUGGAAAUAUACGCGCCGUUGACAUUUUAUGCGCCCCAGACGUCCACCAGUGUCGCACUAACUUGUCGGGUCACUGGUACUGCUGAUCGGAUCGAUUGGUUCAAAGACAACCAACAAGUGAAUUUUGCUUUGAAUAAUCGUUUUUCUGGAGGCAGUGUUCAGAAUCCUUCCUUGUUUAUAAGGAACGUACAGCUAAGUGAUGGUGGCCAAUAUGUAUGUUCAGCGACAGCUGGUACUGUAACUAAAAGAACCAGUAUAAUCCGUCUAUCUCCAAAAGCAACUCCAUCACAGCCAAUUCUAGUCGGCCCACAAUCGGUUGCAGCUGGUUCAUCUGGUACCUGGACAUGUACUUCUUCUGGUGCAUUCCCUGCACAAACUCUGGCUAUGAGGAUUGGAAAUCAACUUUUCAACAAUGAACUAUCGACAAACUCCCUAUUCGAAUCCUUCGCUGGUACCUAUCGAGUUGUAGGGAGAUUGACAUGGGCACCAAGCAUGGGACAUAAUGGACAAAUCAUUUACUGUGAUGUCUUCCACCCACAAACAUUAAACAAUAAACAGACAGCAAGUUUGCAGCUGACAGUGAGAUCGUCUCUGUCUGUGACUGCUCCAAAUACUUUCUAUAAUCCUGCGGAGACGGAAACCGUUACACUAGCCUGUAUAGUAACUGCUGGAAACCCCACUGAGAUCACGUGGAAGAUGAACAACGACCCACUAACAAUAUCCGGUAAAAUGUCUGGAGGUACCAUAUCCAAUCCGGCAUUGAGAAUAUCAAAUGUUGCCAUGAGUGAUGCUGGCAACUAUAUAUGUGAAGCAACAGACGGCAAUGUCAAUGUUAGAGCAGAGACAAUUAGAUUAUCUCCUAUAGCAAGAUCAGUGUCAGAGUUCGACAUCAUAACUAAUAUUCUUGAUGGAUACAACAAACUUGUUAGACCAAUUGUUCCAGUUGUUAAGGUUACCCAUUCUUUAGUUCCAAAAGAAAUGGUCGAAUUUGAUUAUAAGAUACUUGUUUUCAAAGCCUUUCAAUGUAUAUCCUGGAACGACCCAAGACUUUCAUGGCCGAGAGGACAACCAAGAGUUAGUUUGCCGUCAUCUAUUAUCUGGUUACCGGAUAUUGUUAUGUUAGGACAGAAACUCAUUAUGGACUUCGAAGAUAAGGCAAUAAUUACAAAGACCGGAGAUGUGACAUAUUGUCCCCAGAGUAUGAUUAGGUCUACAAACUGUGAGGGAAUGUCAGGGGACGUUUGGGAAUGCGACUUUAAAUUUGUGUCAUGGUCCUACGAUAAAGUAAUGUUGAACAUUUUCCUACCAACAGCUUUAACUGUACCGUCAAUUGAUACGUCGAUGUAUUAUGAACACGAAGAUUACGAGAUCGUUAGUAAAUGUGCCAAAAGACGCGAGAUGACCUAUCCCUGUCGAAAAGGAACCUACCCGGAACUGACCUACACAUUUGUCAUCAGACGUCGCAGAGUUUAUUGUAGAAAUUUGAAUGAGAACCCGACAUGCAAUUCAUAGGAUCUUACUGUUAACUAGUUACACCAUAAAUAUAAAGACAACUUUGAAAAGCUUUUGCUUGAACAAACCACAAUGACGAUACGUUAUUUAGUAAAUAAUAUUAACAUUAAUUUAAAAAAAUUGCAGUCGGUUUCUUAUUUGUGAAUAUUUUUGUUUUGCAAAAGUGUAUGUAUAUUCUAUUCUUUUUAUUUCCGCAAAAUAAGUGCUAAAUAUAUAUAUAUACACUACAUGGUCAACUCUCUAUGAUAUUUUUUAUAAAAUAGAUGACACAUUAUUAAUAAAUAUGACCAUACCUUG